AUGGCGGAGAAAGGAGGAGAUGCCAAGAGGGUCGAGACGACCCAGGCCAUCAAUGUCGAGAAUGUCUCCACACCUGGAUCGGACGGAGACGACAUCUCCCAUGCAAAGCGAGCAGGCAGCGUGCCUCACGUUCACACCAUGCAAGAAGCGUUGGACAUUGCUCACGCCGGCGGCUGGGAAGCAGAUGCCGUGAUCGACGAGCUCGAGAAGGAACUCCAAGCGCGAGGCGACAAGAAGGGUUUCUUUGAUCUCGAAUUCAACAACCCCAAGCACUUCACAUGGCUAUUGGUUGCGUUUGCCUCCAUGGGAGGUCUGCUCUCCGGACUCGAUCAAUCGCUCAUCUCUGGUGCCAACCUCUUCCUGCCAACCGACCUGGACCUGACCGCCCACCAGAACAGCUUGGUCAACUCUGCCAUGCCUCUUGGAGCUGUUGCUGGUGCGCUAAUCCUGUCCCCUUGCAACGAGUGGUUUGGCCGACGAUGGUCUAUCCUCAUCUCCUGCAUCCUCUACACCAUUGGAGGCGGCCUCGAAGCCGGCUCCAUCAGCUACGGCAUGAUCGUUGCCGCCCGUCUCAUCCUGGGAAUGGGUGUCGGUCUUGAAGGCGGUACUGUACCCGUCUACGUCGCCGAGACAGUCGAACGGAGACUCCGUGGUAACAUGGUCUCCCUCUACCAAUUCAGCCUCGCCCUUGGAGAAGUCCUCGGAUAUGCCGUCGCCGCCAUGUUCGUCAGUGUUCCAGGAAACUGGAGAUACAUCCUCGGCUCCUCUCUUGUCUUCAGCACCAUCAUGUUCAUCGGUAUGCUCUACAUGCCCGAGUCCCCUCGUUUCCUCAUGCACAAGGGCCGCACGCUCGACGCUUUCGCCGUCUGGAAGCGCAUCCGCGGCACGCGCACUGUUGAGGAUCGUGAGGAAUUCUUCGUCAUGAAGGUCGGUCAGGAAGAAGAAGACGCCGAAGUCGCUGCCGGUGCUGGCUCUCGCAGAUUCCCUUGGAUGGACUUCUUUACCAAGCCACGCGCUCGCCGUGCCAUCGUCUAUGCCAACAUGAUGAUCUUCCUUGGCCAGUUCACCGGUAUCAACGCAAUGUAAGUCGACUCCCCCCCGCCCCCAACAUGCUGAAUGCUCAUACUCACCCGCUCUACAGCAUGUACUACAUGUCUGUCCUCAUGUCCCAAAUGGGCUUCAACGACCUCGAAUCAAACUACAUGUCCCUCGUCGGCGGCGGUUCCCUCCUCAUCGGUACCCUCCCCGCCGUCUUCCUCAUGGAAACCUGCGGCCGUCGCUUCUGGGCCAUCGCCAUGCUCCCAGGCUUCUUCAUCGGUCUCGUCCUCGUCGGAGUCUCUUACCACCUCAACGGAUCCGCCACCCUGGGAGUCUACCUCACCGGCCUCAUCAUCUACGAACUCUUCUUCGGCUCGUACGCGACAUUAACCUGGGUCGUGCCCGCAGAAGUCUAUCCCACCUAUCUCAGAUCCUACGGGAUGACCACGUCCGACGGCCUCCUCUUCCUCUGCUCCUUCAUCGUCACCUACAAUUUCACCGCCAUGCAAGACGCCUUCACGCGCACCGGCCUCACACUCGGUUUCUACGGCGGGAUCGCAGUCCUCGGAUGGUUCUAUCAGAUCCUCUUCAUGCCUGAGACGAAAGACAAGACGUUGGAAGAGAUUGACGCCAUUUUCCAGAAACCUACGAAACAGUUGGUCAAGGAGAAUAUGGCCAGUGCGAUGGAAGUCACGAGGGAUCUGUGCUCUUUGCGAUUCCGAAAGGUCUUUGUUGAGAACCACACGCCCAGGAGAGCGAGUAUCGUCGAGCAGACGGCUGGGAAGGGGGAUGCGUGA